AUGUUGGGUGGCUCUUCAAUGGAGGAAAUACCAGCUGCUGGUAAUAACUCAUCGGAGAUCCAGCUUCCUCCAGGUUUUAGAUUCCACCCUUCUGAUGAAGAGCUCAUAGUUCAUUACUUGAAAAACAAAGUGACUUCCAACCCUCUUCCGGCUUCUAUUAUAGCUGAGAUUGAUUUAUACAAAUAUAAUCCAUGGGAGCUUCCAACUUCGUUCGGAGAAGAUGAAUGGUUUUUUUUCUCUCCAAGAGACCGGAAGUAUCCAAACGGGGCGAGGCCUAAUAGAGCGGCAGCUUCGGGGUAUUGGAAGGCGACGGGGACGGAUAGACCGAUCCUAACGUCGUGUGGAACCAAGAGUAUUGGAGUGAAGAAAGCUCUGGUAUUCUACAAAGGACGUCCACCUAAAGGGACCAAGACAGAGUGGAUCAUGCACGAGUAUAGGCUGCUUGAAACCAUGAUUUGGACUCCCAAACGAAAAGGGUCUAUGAGGUUAGAUGAUUGGGUGCUUUGUCGAGUGAGGCAAAAAGCCAGCAUACAAAGGAACAGUUGGGAAGAUAGAAAUAUUAGCAGUCAUGAACCAGCUGAUAGCUUCUAUGUCCCCAAUUCCAUUGAGCCAUGGCCUUCCAACACAAAGCACAACGUUGAAAUGGGCAAAACCUACCUAUUCAAUGACUGCCCUAUGUUGCCUUUCAUUUUUGCAUCUCAAGACCUUCCUUGCUUCGACACAACCUCCAGCAUUAGCUUCCAAAGCAGUGACAAAUCUUGCACAUCCCUCCAGGAAGCCAAUUCUGGCAACAACAACAUGCAGAUUUCAUUUUCGUCCCUACAAAACCUGUUUAACCCUUUGAAAAGAGAGUCCAUGGAGGAAGGUAGUUUUGUCCCAACCAGCUGUAAGAAGCUCAAGAAUACUGAGAAAGAUUGCAGUGAAGUGAACUUUUAUAGAUCAAACCAUUUGGAAAACAGUGAUUCUAGUCCACAUCAAUGGAAUCCAAUGAUGCAGUAUGAUCAACAACUUAAUUUCCCGGAUUUUACUGAAACUGACUAA